AUGCCAAAGAGAAGUCCUGAGUCAUACAAAAGAGGCUUGGAGGCACAAGGUUGCAAACCGGCCCCGGCCCCGGCCCCGGCUCCCGCUCCCGCUGCUGCUGCCGCUCCCGCUGCUGCUGCCGCUCCCGCUGCCGCUGCACUAGCCCCCGCGCUGGCUGGGCCCAUGGCCCAAGAGCAGGAGGAGGAGGAGGAGGAGGAAGAAGAAGAAGAAGAAGCCCAAGACCAAGAAGAAGAAGACGAAGGAGAAGAGGGGCCGGCAAUGUCGGUCGUGGACCAGGACGACCUGGAUAUUGAUUUCAAUAUCCCGGUGUAA